AAACAAAACGCGGCAUGACACAACAGAAUUUAUAGGCCGCCAAGUAUCCAACAACGACUUCAUCUAACCAAUCGCAUCCGUCAUGGCGCUUAAUAUGAAGGCUCUGCUGGCCAUGAUCCUGGUCUUCGUGGGCUGCUGCAGCAACGUCGUCUUCUUGGAGCUCAUCAUCAAAAUCGAUCCGGGCGCUGGCAACCUGAUCACAUUCUCGCAGUUCCUCUUCAUUGCGCUCGAGGGCCUGAUCUUCACCUCGAAGUUCUUCACUGUCAAGAAGAACAUCGCCUUCAAGGACUACGUAAUGCUCGUGGUGCUGUUCUUCGGGGCGAACGUGUGCAACAACUAUGCGUUCAACUUCAAUAUACCGAUGCCGCUGCACAUGAUCUUCCGCAGCGGGUCGCUGAUGGCCAACAUGAUCAUGGGCAUCAUAUUGCUGAAGAAGCGCUACAACCUGAGGCAGUACAGCUCGGUGGCGAUGAUCACGGCGGGCAUUAUUCUGUGCACGCUCGUGUCGAGCGGCGAUGUCAAGGACAACACGCAUCCCACCCUGAGGGUGGACACCUCCUUCUCGGACUUCUUCUGGUGGGGCGUGGGCAUUGCUCUGCUCACGAUCGCCCUGCUGGUGACGGCCUACAUGGGCAUCUACCAGGAGGUGAUCUACAAGCGCUGCGGCAAGCACCCCAACGAGGCGCUCUUCUACACACACAUGCUGCCCCUGCCCGGGUUCCUCAUCAUGGCCAGCAACAUCGCCCAGCACUGGAGCAUCGCCGUUAGCUCCGAGACGGUAUCUGUCGCCCUGCCGGGAGUGAGCUGGACGUUCAGCUUUCCGCUGAUGCUCUUCUACCUGCUGUGCAACGUGGUCACCCAGUACAUCUGCAUCAGCUCCGUCUACGUGCUGACCACGGAGUGCGCCUCCCUCACCGUGACCCUCGUGGUGACGCUGCGCAAGUUCGUCUCGCUCCUCAUCUCCAUCAUCUACUUCCGCAAUCCGUUCACCCUCGCCCACUGGCUGGGCACCAUACUCGUCUUUAUGGGCACCGUGCUCUUCGCCAAUGUGAUCAACCAGCUGAAGGAUGCGUACCAGGCGCGCCAGGCCAAGCAGGCCAAGCUGAAGACGGGCUAAUCCAGACAUGCCCCCCUCUAGCGUAGCGCCCACCCCUUCAAUUAGAGGCCAUUCGUGCAUGCCAUUGAUAUUGCUGUCCCGCUCGCGUUCGUGUGUUGGCCGCGCUCCUCUUCGAUAAUUGUAUAUUAGUUUCAGUUCCCACGCUUCAGAAUCUAUUGUACAUAUAUGUUAUAUGUUGUAUAUAGAUAGUUAGUUAAGCCAAUGCCGACCAUUCGACACCCUCCUCGUUACUCGUGCCCCGCACCACCGUACCCCAUAUGCUCCCCGCGCUCAUGUGUCCUACACGUACCGCUCUAUGUAAAAAUUCUGUUU